ACUACUAGUCUCCUUUUAUAAGCAGUGGUAUAAUUUGGACAAACCAAGGUUUUGGCGCCAAAAAGUUUGUUUAGUGUUCAGUUUGGUGGUUAAAGAUAUUUGAGUUGUUUUAUUUUUUAUUGGGUUUCUAAUUUAUACAGAAGUAAUAGAAAAAUGGAUGUAGCUGAUGUAAAUGUUGGCCAAAGACAACACAGAGAUGAAAUAGGUAUUCGUUGCCAGAAGCUUUUCCAAGAUUUUUUAGAGGAAUAUAAAGAAGACGGAGAAUUAAAAUAUCUAGAACCCGCUAAAGAGCUACAAAAUGAAGAGCGUAGUAUUAUUGAAGUCAGCUUUGAAGAUGUGGAAAAAUAUAACCAAAAUUUAGCAACUACAAUUAUCGAAGAAUACUAUAGAAUAUAUCCUUAUCUUUGUCAAGCUGUAUCAAAUUUUGUGAAAGACAGAACCGAAUUGAAGAAAGAAAAAGACUGUUAUAUUGCCUUUAUGGAUGUGCCAACAAGACAUGUUGUUAGAGAAUUGAAAUCGGAUAAAAUUGGAACAUUAAUCAGAAUAUCUGGACAAGUUAUCAGAACACAUCCAGUUCAUCCUGAACUUAUAUCUGGUACAUUUGUUUGUUUGGAUUGUCAGACUGUAGUGAAAAAUGUUGAGCAACAAUUUAAGUAUACUAACCCAACAAUCUGUCGAAAUCCUGUCUGUAACAACAGGAGAAGAUUUAUGUUGAAUGUGGAUAAGUCCCAAUUUGUUGACUUUCAAAAAGUUAGAAUUCAAGAAACACAAGCUGAAUUGCCAAGAGGUUGUGUACCAAGAAGUGUUGAAGUGAUACUGAGAGCAGAAAAUGUUGAAAGUGUCCAAGCUGGUGAUCGUUAUGAUUUUACUGGAACACUUAUAGUAGUUCCGGAUGUUGGAGCAAUGACCUUACCUGGGGCAAAAACUCAAAUAGCCUCAAAACAUAAACAUGGUGAUGAGGCAGAGGGUAUUAGAGGCUUGAAGGCAUUGGGUGUGAGGGAUUUACAUUACAGAAUGGCUUUCUUAGCUUGUAGUGUCCAACCAAGCAAUCCAAAAUUUGGUGGCAUUGAAAUGCCUCUAGGUGACAUAACACCAGAAAUUAUGAGACAGCAAAUGACUGAAGGAGAAUGGAGGCAUAUGUAUGAGAUGUCGCAUGACAAAAAUCUAUACCAAAACAUGAUUACUAGUUUGUUUCCUAGUAUACAUGGAAAUGAUGAGGUAAAAAAGGGCAUCUUACUUAUGCUCUUUGGUGGUGUUUCCAAAACUACAAUAGAAGGAACUACACUUAGAGGAGAUAUCAAUUGUUGUAUAGUGGGAGAUCCGAGCACUGCCAAGAGUCAGUUUUUAAAACAGGUGUCUGAAUUUUCACCUAGAGCUGUCUAUACCUCAGGUAAGGCUUCAUCAGCAGCAGGUUUGACGGCAGCUGUAGUGAAGGACGAAGAAUCUUCCGACUUUGUUAUCGAAGCUGGUGCCCUUAUGUUGGCCGACAAUGGCGUAUGUUGUAUAGACGAGUUUGAUAAAAUGGACCCAAGAGACCAAGUUGCUAUUCACGAAGCGAUGGAACAGCAGACAAUAUCAAUUGCAAAAGCUGGAGUGAGAGCAACUUUAAAUGCAAGAACAUCCAUUCUUGCUGCCGCUAAUCCUAUUGGCGGUCGUUAUGAUCGAUCCAGGUCGUUACAGCAAAAUAUCCAGCUUUCUGCGCCGAUUAUGUCAAGAUUUGACUUGUUUUUCAUAUUGGUAGACGAGUGUAACGAAGUUGUCGAUUAUGCCAUUGCCAGAAAAAUUGUAGAUCUGCAUAGUAAUAUCGAAGAAAGCGUUGAAAAGGUGUAUUCCAAACAAGAAGUGCUUCAGUAUAUCAGUUUUGCAAGGAAAUUUAAACCUUUUAUAAACCAAGAGGCCGGAGAACUUUUAAAAGACUACUAUUGUAGACUAAGAUUGAGGGAUAAUACUUCAGCAGGUAAGUCUACGUGGAGAAUAACUGUAAGACAGUUGGAAAGUAUGAUUCGUCUGUCUGAAGCUAUGGCUAGGAUGGAUAUCAGUGAUGAGGUUCACCCAAGACACGUUAAAGAAGCUUAUAGGUUACUCAACAAAUCCAUUAUCAGAGUAGAACAGCCGGAUAUCCAUCUUGAAGGUGAUCAAAACCAAUCAAUUCAUGAGGAUGAAAUCAUUGAAGACGAAAGACCACAAACACCAGCCCAACAACAAUCCAAAAAGAAAAUGGUUUUGAGUUUUGAAGAGUACAAAAACUUAAGUAACAUGAUUGUUCUUUAUAUGAGAAGGCAGGAACAGAGGCUAGAGGAAGAAGGCAAAGAAGGAAUUCAUAGAAGCGACGUGAUAGAGUGGUACUUGAACCAUAUCGCUGAUGAAAUCGAGUCUGAAGAUGAGCUGGUUGAAAAGAAAGAUAUGCUAGAAAAGAUCUUGGACAGACUGAUCUACCAUGACCAAAUUAUAAUUCCCCUAACGAAAGUAGGCUUGAAGGGUAGUUCUAGUUCACAAGAAGAAGAGGAAGAAGACCCUUUGUUAGUGGUGCAUCCGAACUAUCUCAUAGAUCAGUAGGCUCACCGCACACAGUUAUAUAUUCUAUUUUUAAGUUUUAUAUAAUUUGUAUUAAUUUAUGUAUUUAAUUUACAAUGGUAAUUGAAAUCAAUAAAUUUAAUACGUUUUUUUUAAAUAAAGGUAAUUCUCACAUGAAUAAGUUAAAU